UGCCUCUCUAGCUCGCCAGCGGCUACGCUCGAUGGUGCUCUGCUCCGUGAAGGCCGCUCUAGCUACCACAGAAUUUCACUCGGUGGCUUCCGGCCCGGUUUGGUCCGACUCCAGCCCUAAGAUUCCCUGACGCGCGCUGCACGUGGGCCAGAGCGUAGGCCCCUCCGGCCCUGCGGGCUACCGGUGGUAUGUUCGAAGAGCCCGAAUGGGUGGAGGCGGCCCCAGCCAUCGUGGGCCUAGGGGCCGCGACAGCACAGGUUCGGCCGGCGACUGCCCCGCCAGUCAAGGGACGCAAGCGCCGCCAUCUCUUGGCUACGUUACGGGCUCUGGAAGCAGCAUCUCUCUCCCAGCAAACCCCCAGCCUACCUGGCAGUGACUCUGAGGAGGAGGAGGAGGUAGGAAAGAAGAAGAGACCCCUCCAAAGGCCCUCACUUGCCAGCGUCUCAAAGGAAGUAGGGAAGAAAAGAAAAGGGAAAUGUCAGAAACAGGCGCCAUCCAUCAGUGACUCUGAGGGGAAAGAAGUAAGAAGAAAAUGCCACAGACAAGCUCCUCCUCUUGGUGGGAUCUCUGCUGGAGAAGAAAAAGGAAAGAGGAAAUGUCAGGAAUACUCCUCUUUACACCUAACCCAGCCCCUGGACAGUGUUGACCAAACAGUUCACAAUUCCAGGACAAGUACUGCUACAAUUGACCCAUCCAAGCCAAGCCCUGAGUCUAUGUCACCUAAUUCCUCACACACCCUGAGCCGCAAGCAGUGGCGGAACCGGCAGAAAAAUAAGCGGAGACACAAGAACAAAUUUCGGCCACUCCAGACACCAGAGCAGGCUCCUCCCGAGGCUUCCAUAGAGGAGACUGAGGUGCCUCCUGCCCCAAAGUCAGAUAGUCAAGAGUCUAGAGCUGGAGCCCUGCGAGCACGCAUGACACAACGCCUGGAUGGGGCCCGAUUUCGCUACCUUAAUGAACAGUUGUACUCAGGGCCCAGCAGUGCUGCCCAACGCCUAUUCCAGGAAGACCCUGAGGCUUUUCUCCUUUAUCACCGUGGCUUUCAGAGACAAGUAAAGAAGUGGCCACUGCACCCGGUGGACCGUAUUGCCAAAGAUCUCCGCCAGAAGCCUGCAUCCUUAGUGGUAGCUGACUUUGGCUGUGGAGAUUGCCGCCUAGCUUCAAGUGUCCGGAACCCUGUGCACUGUUUUGAUUUGGCUUCUCUGGACCCCAGGGUCACAGUAUGUGACAUGGCCCAGGUGCCUCUGGAGGAUGAAUCUGUAGAUGUGGCUGUGUUUUGUCUUUCACUGAUGGGAACUAACAUCAGGGACUUCCUUGAGGAGGCAAAUCGAGUGCUAAAGCCAGGAGGUCUUCUCAAAGUAGCUGAAGUCAGCAGCCGCUUUGAGGAUAUUCGGACCUUUUUGGGGGCUGUGACCAAACUCGGCUUUAAGAUUAUCUACAAGGACCUGACCAACAGCCACUUCUUCUUGUUUGACUUUGAAAAGACUGGACCUCCUCGAGUAGGACCCAAAGCCCAACUCUCAGGCCUUAAACUUCAGCCCUGUCUCUACAAGCGCAGGUGACCGAUGGACACCCAUUGGAAGGGGAGAGCUCGGACUCCAGUCUCAGAACUCUGAAGACUGUAUCUACCCAGGCUACGAGCCAGGAUCUGGUACCACCCUCCUUCUGUACCAAGAACACUGUGGUAAAGCCUCCAGCUCAGCUCUACUCUAAUGGAGCCUUCUUGGAUACAGAAAGCAUAAAAUUACUUGGGCAGGCUCAAGAAUGAGGUGUUUAUUGUGAGGGCAUGGAUGUGUCUAAUAAUUGUGGGUCACUUCAGUAUUGUGGAAACUAGUCGGCUGAGAACUGAUGGAUCUCUGGGUUUGCUUUCUCUUCAUCUCUCAGAAGGCACAUGGGCUCUCUGCUGUGUUGUCUUCUGGCCAGUAUUGUCCACCUCUGCUCAUCCAUAGUUUCUGCUCCUUCAGCUUCAAGACUGCAGACAGGCAGUUUUUGCCUUAUGGCAGGUCCCAAUGCUAGUUUGCCACUUGGGGCUGGGAGUUAUUUAAUUUCUUUGUUUCUUGGAGCUGGGAAUCAUCUAAUUUUUUUCUGUGUUGCUGUUAUUGUUGUUGUUGUUGUUUUGAGACAGCAUCUCACACUAGUCCAAGCUGACCUCAAACAAAACAAAUGGCAAUCCUCUUGCCUCAGCCUCCUGAUUAUUGGGAACACAGGCAUGGGCCACCAUAUUUAGCUGAAGAAAUCAUUUACUUUCUGAAUAUUCCAUUUCUCAUUUGAAAAAUGUAACCUUCUUGUCUUACAGUAUGUUAUAUGGGUUCACUGAGGAAAGCUACAGCUAGAGCUGGGACUAGUAAGAGGUGCUGAAUAAACCAGCUAUGGCUAUGUG